AUGGCUUUUUGGUAUUUCGAUAAGGAUGAGUUGUACCGGACUGCCUCUGCUCAGGAUGGUAUCCCACAUGAGAUUGAGUUUCGCUACCGUCAAGAAGGGGCACGGUUCAUCAUUGAUGCUGGUACUAAAAUGGACUUGGGUUACAACACAAUGGCUACUGGUGUUGUUUAUUUCCAUCGUUUUUAUAUGUACCAUUCGUUUAAGACAUUUCCUAGAUAUGUAAGUUUGAGUAAAUUUAUCGUAAGUAUAUAGAAACAUCUAGGUUUAUUGAGUUCAAUAGUUCACUUUAAAAAUUAUUGAUUUUCUUAAAAUUCUCGUUUCAUUUAUUGAUUAAAUGUAUAAAAGUACCUAAGUACUAUCACAGUACUUCAUAUUCUAUGAAAUUAUUAAUUUAGGUACUGUGGAAUUUAAUGUUUUUAUAUUUUGUACUAUAAUUUACAAAUUCAAAAUAGGUAAUACAAAGUUUAAAUAAACCAAUUCAUUAGAAAUUAAAAACCUAAUCACAUUUUUAUAGUGAUUUUAUAUAUAAGUAUUCUGAAAUGUAGGACAAUUUUUUUUUACAAAAUAUUUGUCAUUUAAUUCUUGAAUUGUUUAAACAAUUACUCCUUACAGUAAUAUUUGAUACAUUUAAUGAUUUCUAUGAUUAUAAUCAUACAUCCAUAUGAAUAAUAAUUUUGUAGGUUAUGGUUGUAUCAAUCAAUAGCUUUGUACACACUUUAUGUCAUUUUGUUACUAUAAUGUACUUAUAAUACUUUUGAUACUGACAAUAUUAUUAACUACCCCAAAGAUUAUAUCAUUAUAAAUUGUAAUGAUAUUUACUGUUAAAGAAUAAAUUGUUAGAAAUAAUAAUUUUAAUAAUUAUCUCUCUUAUCACAAAUGUUCCAUUGAUUUGGCUAAAUAGGUAUUACUUUUUAUUUAAUUACAGUGCUUUACAAAUUUUUUAUUUUAGCUUACAGCGUGCUGCUGUCUAUUCCUUGCGGGUAAAGUAGAAGAAACUCCAAAAAAAUGUAAAGAUAUUAUAAAGAUAGCUAAAGCGUUGUUACCAGAGGAUAAAUAUGAAACUCUCGGAAUGGACCCCAAGGUUAAUUAUCAAACUUUUAUUUAGUAGUUAAUAUUAUAAUUUAGUUAUUUGUGUAUAAUUAAUUUUAUUGUGUUGUUUGUUUAUUUAAUAUAUGUAAUCUUUUAGGAAGAAGUGAUGGUACUCGAACGUAUUUUGUUGCAAACAAUUAAAUUUGAUCUCCAAGUUGAUCACCCAUAUCAGUUCUUAUUAAAGUAUGCCAAGUGUUUAAAAGGUAUGCCAGGUAUGCAUUUAUUAUUAAUUUUAACUUCUUCUAAUAGUUCAACUAUUAUAUUUUGUGUUUAACAGGUGAUAAGGCUAAGCUAACUAAAAUGGUUCAAAUGGCUUGGACAUUUGUGAAUGAUAGGUAAAAACUGUUAUUUAUUUAAUUUAAUGGAUGAACUGAAUAUUAUCACUAUUUAAAGAAAUAUACAAUUUCCAACUAUGUGGUUUUUACAUUGAACAAAAUAUAUUUUUAAUUUAAACUUUAAAAAAUAUUUUUAUAAAGUAUAAUUUAUAGUCUUGUUUCUGAUUUUUGUUUGUUUUUUUGUCGUAAAUCAAUUUCUUAAUGUUCAUUAAUAUUGCAGCUUAUGUACAACACUUUGCCUUCAAUGGGAACCAGAAGUCAUAGCAGUUUCAUUGAUGUAUUUAGCUUGUAAAUUGAGUAAAUUUGAACUAAAUGAUUGGCAGGGUCGUUUGCCAAAUCAUUUACGAUGGUGGGAUAUGUUUGUUCAGGGAAUGAAUAUGGAUUUGCUUGAAGGUUAGUUAUAUAUUUUGUUUUUAUAUUUAAAAAAAAUAGCCUAAAACAAUAUAUAUAUUAUAUUUAUUACAUUUAUUUAUAUAUGUAUAUUAUAUAUUUAACAAUUGAAAUAAGUUAAACUGGACAGAAUAAAAUAAAGUAGUCUAGUGAUAUGUUAAAAGUCAAACUAAAUAAUAUAAAUAUAUGAAAAAAAAAUAUAAUAAAAUUAUUAUGUUGACAAUACUAUUUUAAAUAUUUAAUUAUUGUAAUUUAAAUUUAACUUACAGAACUGUAGACAACAGUAUCAAUAUUCAAAAUAAUCAAAAUUAGAGCUUUAACAAUACCUUCAAAUCUAAUUUUGGUUUCAGAAACUUUUACAGAUUGAUGUCAUCUAUUUUAUUGCAGUAUUUUUAAAUUUGUGUAUCCUAGGAAAUCUUUUUAUUCAUUAUAAACUGUUUAAUUAUCGCCAUUAAGGGACAACAAUUAUUGUAUUAUUAAGGUUUUUAUUAUGCUAUCAGGAGUAGGAUAUUUUUGUGACAAGAGUAAUCCGCUCAUAGAAUAUGAUUAUGUAGAUUUCAAAUAAAGAUUCAGAAUUAAUUAAAGUAAAGGUGCGUGAAGAUAAAAUGGUAUAAUGGUUUUAUCAGUUUUCACUUUGUUUAACAUUAUGUGUGGUUUAAUUUAUCUGGUAAUUGCGGUUAACAUUAAAUUGAAAAUUAUAUUAUGUAAUACUACUUCCAAGUUAUAGGUAUGUUACAGUAUGGUUAAUAUAUUUAUAAAUCUUUUUUUAUACACCCUGGCUUAAGAAUAUUAGUAUGUUUAAAAGGUUAACAUUUUUUUAAAGCUUUUGAAAUUAACAUUUUAGAUCUUUGGAAAAAUAAAAAAAAAGUAUAAUAAAUACUCACUAAUAUUGGUAAUCAUAAUAAUUUUCUAUUUAAUUAAAAAAUCCUACUAAUAACAUUUCAAACAUACAUUGUUAUCUAGAUAAUUAAAAUACAUACUACGUUCUUUGCUAAAAUCCAAAUUUAUUCUAAAAGAUAAUGAAGAUUAAUUAUUGUAAAUUGUCUUAGGCUUCAGAAUAUUAGUAAAUUACUGUUUUAUUAUAAUAUAAAACAUGCAUAUUUUAGUUUUAUAAUAGUUCCCUAAAAAUCAAUCCAAUUGAAAAAAAAAAACCGCAAUAAAAUUUUCAUAUAAGUCAAUAAUAUUAAAUAACUCAUUUUGAUCAAUGUAAAAAUUAAGUCCAUAUAAUAUUUUCAAAAGACAACAUUUCAACCAGUCAAAUUAUAAAUUAUCUUGGAAGGAAAAGUCAAAUGUGUAAAUGUUCUAAAAAUUAAAUUUUACAAAUUAUGUUUAAAUUAUGUUUGCUAUACAUUUAUGAUAAAAUUAAAAUAAGAAAAAAAAUUAUUUUUGAUUUUAGUAUAAUUGAUUAAAUAAAUAAUUUUUUUAAUGUAUUUAUAAUAAACAGAAAUAGUUCAUAUGUGAUUUAACAAUUAUUUCAUGCGUUCAUCGUUUUUAUGUAGAAGAAAAAUAUUAUAGUUUUUUAUUAUUUCAUCAAUUUAUAAUUAUAUCUUUUAUAGAUAUUUGUCAUCAAGUACUUGAUCUUUAUUCAUCACCAGAUAGGAAUGCUCCACCAUCUCCUCCUAAUCAAGAUAAAUUUGUAGUUCCCAAGAAAAUAAUACCACCACAAUCGGUUUAUCAGAAAUUAUUAUUGGAAAAAAUGGCUUCUAAAUACAGUAAGUUUGAAAUAUUUAAACUAAAUAGUUUUAUGUUGAAAAGGCAUGGAAUAUUGUUAGAGUUAGUUAAGUAUUAUUCGUAUCAUUAUUUUUAUUGUAGUGCUUACACCUGAACAAGCGAUGCAAGCAGCUAUAUCGAAAAAUGUGAAAUUGGCAACUUCGCCAAACGUUUUACCAGUCAAUCAUUCGUUGCCACCCAUGCCACCACCGGGAAUUAAACCAAUUAAUUCUGGUCUUCCUCAAAAUGCGCAGAAACCAUUUUUGCCCCCACCUCCUAUACCACCUAAACAAGUAAUGCCACCCUUAAAGCGACCUCCAUUACCACUAACAAGACCACCAUUACCAGUAAUGCCCCCUCCACCGCCUCCUCCAAAUCUUCCACCCCUUCCACCAGCGCCUAAUCAAAUUUUAAUGCCACAAGGUGUUGCUCAACUGCCACCACCCCCAAUGCAACCACCACCACCACCUAUAAGGCCUCCAAGUUAUCCCAUGUUCCCUUAUGGUCCACCUCAUCAAAAUGUAGCUCGAUCAUUUGCGAACACAAUGUUUACUCAACCUCCAAAUAUAAUAAAUACAGUGCCGGAACAACAAUAUAGGUCUCGCGAUACAAUGGCUCCUAUGUUUAGGGGCGAAUCUGUUCCGCCAAGACCGCCUUACAAUGAAAAUUACAGUCGUAGAGAAACUGUGUUACAUCAGCAACCACAACUGCCCUCACCAUCAUCGUUCUCAGAAUUUGAAAUGCAAGAAGAAAGCAGACAAAUAUAUGAAACUCGUGUGUUCAAUCGAGAUUUUGAGGGAAGUUACAACAAUAAUGGAUCUCAACAUUUUGUAGACAGCAGUCAACAUUAUUCAGACAUAGCCUAUCAACAAUUCAGGGGAAAUGUGCCAAACAAGAGACUGUUUACUAACAGAAGUAAUCGACCUCAAAUCCCUCCUCAAUAUCAGAAUAGACAAAUUCGAAAUCAUCCAUAUCAGAGAAGAUAG